ACAUCUCCUGCCAAUAUGUCCUACAGCUGCUGCUCUGGAAACUACUCUUCCUGCUCCUUUGGGGGAUACUUGCACUCCCCAAGGUCCUCCUGUGGCUCUUCCUAUCCUAACAACUUGUCCUGCAGCACUAACCUCUGCUCUCCCAGCACCUGUCACCUGGACUCUUCCCCCUCCAGUGGCUGUCAGGACACCUGCUAUAAGCCCACCAGCUGCCAGACAUCUUGUGUGGCAUCCAGACCUUGCCAGACAUCCUGCUACCGCCCGAGGAUCUCCACGAUCUGCAGUCCUUGCCAGACGACUUGCUCUGGGUCUCUGAGUUUUGGGUCCAGCAGCUGCCAUUCCCUGGGCUAUGGAUCCAGAAGUUCCUAUUCACUGGGCUGUGAAUCCCAAGGCUUCAGACCCAUGAAUUAUGGAGUCUGUGGCUUCCCUUCUCUGGGCUAUGGAUCCAGAUUCUGCCACCCCACCUACUUGGCUUCUAGGAGCUGUCAGUCUUCUUGUUACAGACCAACAUGUGGAACUGGCUUCUUCUGA